GUUUUAAAUACAAUCCGUUCGCCGGGGGACACUAGUGUAUUACCGGUUGGGCACAUUAAGCCUAGACGAUAGUUGAGAUCCAUAGCGCCCACUAGUGGCUUCCCAAGCUACAUGGGGGCGAGGCGUGUGCCACCGUACCAGUCAACACUGUCAGUUCAGAGCGUCAUUUCACUUUACGUCAUUCCGAGCUAGAGUAGUUGUAGGUCUAUCUGCAGAUAAAAAAAAAUAGCUCCGACAGUGCCUGUCCUGCUGUUCAGUGAACGGUAGUUGUCUGUGACUACUCAACGGUCUCCUCGACAGCUCGCCAUUGUGCAGAGCUCCACGGCUAUUUUGGAGAACCGCGGCGGGGAAAUGAAAGUAUAGACGGCGAAGAGUUCGAUGUCUGGUGUUCCUCGUUGUAGAGCCUAUGUUCUUGGCGUCAAUUUGACCCCGAUGCAGGAUUUGAAACCCUUGCUGGAACUACAUGUGAUAUAUGUUGGGUAACGGCGUGAAGCGCAAACUGGAUGAGGACGGCCUGGAGGAGGGCAAGGCGCUCCUCACAUCAGCGGCCGGAGCAGCGGGCAGCCACUCAAGGGUUAACUACACGCUGCAGCGCCAGACGGUGCUAAACAUCUCCUUGAUGAAGCUGUAUGGGCCGCCGCGGAUGCCCGCCACUGAGCCAGCCCUGCAGCGCCGCGUGCUCAUCAACAACGUCAUCCGCCGCAUCCACCACGAGUUCAAAGAGGAAGGCGGCGCGGGGCUGCGCGCACACUUCUUUGCCGUCCCGCCGCCGGCACCGAAUAUCACAGAGGACGAGGGCUACCACGAAGCUCCGACAUCUGCGUUCGGCGGCGUCCUCUCCCCGCCCCUCUCGCCACUGUCGUCGCUGGACUCUGGUUUGACCCCGGCCUCGCUCCUGGACGAUGACCCGCCACUGUUCUUCGCCUUGCCGCCGUCCUCACCACAACCCCUGGGUCACCACCCUGUCUCGCUGAGACCGUCAGAGCCCCCCCCGCCUCCUGCCAAGGACAGCUUCUCCUCAGCUUUGGAGGAGAUCGAGGAGCUGUGCCCCAUCGCAGUGACAACCUCUACUACCUCCUCCCUACCUUUGUCUCCUCCACCUUCACCCCCGCCCCCACUCUCUCUACCAGCAGGGAUAGACAUGAAAGAGGAAGGGAGGACAUACAGCCCGAAGGACAAGGAGUCGCUCUUGCUGGACGAAAGCCAGGCUGCAAAAACAGACCCUCCCAGCGCCCACGCAGACAUAUCGCCCUCCUCCGGGGGCUUCCUCACUGACUUUGCUCUGGAUGACAUUCUGUUCACGGACAUCGACACCUCCAUGUAUGACUUUAACCUCCCCUGCGGUGCCUCUUCAAUACCGCCGAACUUGGGGGUGUCCAAAACGACCCCCAUGGUCACUGCGGACGACCUGGUCAAGACUCUGUCCAGUUACAGCGGGGGAGGGGCGGGCUCUCCUCCUCUGGCUCAAAACCAGCCCUUCAAAAUGGACCUGGCUGAGCUCGACCACAUUAUGGAAGUCCUGGUGGGGUCUUGACUGACAUCGGGAUCGUGUUCAAUAGGCACAAAAAGGAAGAACUGAAUGAAACGGGCAAGUUGCUUGUCCAAUAAGAAAUGCUAAUUUACAUUUUCGGUUUUGCUACGGUGUGCCCUUAAGGAACACGACAAACUCGAUUAAAAAGUGCCGUAGGCGGCGAAAUGUUAAAAUGAUGAUUGUUUUUUUCCUUAUGUCCGUAAAUUGUAAGAGACUUCACCAGAGACGUUUUAACUACACUGUGCAUGCGUUGUGCUCGCCUUUCCAAAAUGGAAACAAAAUGUUGAAUAUACUGUAUGGAAUGCAUUUAUUUGAUUGCAAUUUGAGUGCCUUUUGUCUGUACUACAAUUUUCUUCUCUUCUCCAAAUGCAAAGAUAUAUAUAUUUUGCACACCGCACCAUGGGUAUACACCGGUGCAUCCAAAUUUAGGGUACUUUAACAAUAUUUUGUAUGUGGACAGCUUAUCAAUGUUGACCUUUUUCAUAGGCCUCAUUCAAGUAUCUUUUUUUUCUUCUAUAUUUUAAUGUAUUAUUCAUAAUUUGUUUGUUGAAUUUAUCAUACUGCUGUGUAUGACCUUUCAACUCUCUAUUUGUAGAUGGACUACGUUUCCUUUAUGGCAUGUUUUUGAAUUUGCUCAACUGAUCUGACUCAAAAGGAUAUCAAGUGAAAUAUACAAGGGUAACCUUGCAAGGUCUUUAGUUCACAGUUCAAACACAAUUGCAGACAUCAAGAAAUGUUGAAAAUAAUCUGUACUAAGUGAUUAUGAAGUUAUUUAUUAUUAAUUUCUGGUGUAACACAUAUAUUUAUUCAAACAUGACACUAACAUUUGGGUUGUACAGAACAUGCAGUCAAAUUCUGCUAGUAAUGUGUGAAGAAAUGCGGUGUAAUAUAUUUGACCCUGGUUUUGUUUUUCAGGGAAGUGAAUGCCGGUAGUCAGUGUGGUGGGCUAUGUCUCUGGUGUUUGGCAAUCGAUCAGUUCGGGAAGCAGUUAGCCAACAACUUUCAGUGAUGACUUUAGUAAUCCAAAGCCUUUAAAACAAAGCAUUUCUCGUCAGUCAGUGGCAAAAAAAUGUUAUGCUGCUUACUGUUCUUUGCAUUAUGGUUUAUUAUUCUUAUUUUUUUUAAAUGGAAGCAAAUGUGGUCAUUUCCAGUCAUCUCGCCGAUUUGUUUUUAAGUUGACCUGUUUUCAAGAAUGGCUGUAUUUUAACACUGACCUUCAAUCUGUGCCUUGUUCUAUGCAAUAUCUAUUAAUUGGUCUGAAAUAUCUGAUUAUUUUUAUGUAUAAAUGUGCAUACGACUUUAAUGCAGUUAUACUUUUGUAGAUUUAUUUUAUACAAUAAAUGAAAUGUCAACAAUU